GUCCUGAUCGAUAUCCCUGGGCUAGUUAUUCUAUCGAUUGGAAUCAUCAUUUACUUUUUCUUCUCGUCUUCUCCAUACUAUGAUGAACAUCUCGUUGAUGGUUACAGCCUUACUGCGUUUGGAUCAAAAACCGCCUAUAAAAAUAAUGGUCUUAAGUCUGUGCAUCCACCUCUACUCAAUCAUGGCCGUUUUGUUCACGUGAAUGCUCUUAUCCGUCAUGGAACACGUUCUCCUGAUAGUAAAUUCUCAAAAAAGGUGGAGGAAAUACGGCGUAGACUUCAGACAGCUCUUCCGGGCGUAGAUUUGUCCGUAAACUCAUGUGGAAAAGGCGACAAGGUUCUGUUGUCAUCUGGAGUAAAAGAGAUUAAAGAUCUUGGGCGUCGUCUGCGUGCAGUUGUUCCUGAGGAAUUUCGUCAAGGGCCGAAUAUGCUUGUCAUUUCAAGCGAAACUGAACGUACUAUCGACAGCGCCAAAGCCUUUCUUUCAACGGUACAUAUUUUCACUUUUUCGCUUCAAAAAUUGAUAUGA